AAACUCUCACUGACUCACAGGGACUGAGCUCAAGCGCCGCCGGAAAUGUCUGCCACCGUCAGCAAAAUCGAAACCAUCGAAGACUUCGUAAAAGUUCACGGUAUCCUUCUGACUGCCUCGGGAUUGCCGUCUUCGCUUUACCGAAAACUGUUCGAGAAGCUGUCAUCGGAGACAUUCGAUGGCGGCUCCUUCUUCCAAAUCGAGCCCUGCGAGGAAGGACCUCGGAGGAAGCUCGUCCUCACAUCGGAUUCCAUGGCUAAGGAAUCAGACGUCUUUCUCAUCGAUCACGCCUGGACUUUCCGCCUAUCCGAUGCCUAUAAACAGUUGCUGGAAGUGCCUGGAUUGGCGGAGCGAAUGGCUGCGAUUAUGUGCGUGGAUAAUGAUUUGAAUUCCUAUACGGAAGAUAAUGAAGUGAACAAUGAGAAAAAGAGUGUUUUCGAGAUUAUAGAGACUGAACUUGGUGCUGCGAAAGAGAAGGGUAAUGGUCCUGUGAAGUGGCUGGAGCUUGAGGAGCUCGACAUUGACGACGAUACUCUAUUGUCGUUGGAUUUAGCUAGUAAAUGUCCGGAUCUACUUGCUCUUAGUUUGUGUGGAAACAAGAUUGAGAAUAUAGAUGUUGUGGUCCAAGAAGUUACUAAGCUCAAAAACCUAAGAGCUCUCUGGCUCAACAAUAAUCCGGUUGUACUAAAUCGCGGAGAUCAGUUAGCAGAUAAAGUUCUGCAAGAAUUGCCAAAUUUGGAAAUCUAUAAUUCGAAAUUCACUCUUAAUUAUGGUGAAUGGGCAUUGGGGUACUGCGGAGAUGUAUAUGACAAGGAAAAUCCAGGAAGCGGCAGACCUCAAGAUGACCCUCCACUGCAGAGAAUCACCUCUCUUGACCUUUCACUUAGAAGUAUUCACAAUUUGAUCAAUAAGGCAUUUUCACCUCUUCGCUUUCCUUCUCUUUCAUACUUAAAUCUUCGAGGGAACCCAUUGGAACAGAACUCGGACUUACUUCGUGUCUUAAAUGGGUUUCCUUGCCUGCAAUCAUUGGAGGUGGAUAUUCCUGGACCCCUCGGAGAAAGUGCUGUGGAAAUCCUUGAAUGGCUUCCUAAUAUCUCAAUACUGAAUGGUGUUAUGGCAUCAAAAAUACUAGGAGAUGAAAAACAGGUGGUUGAUACAAAGCUACAACCACGUCUUCCUGAAUUUGCUGCUGAUGAGCCUCUUGCUGAUCGUGUUUUGAAUGCAAUGUGGCUAUAUUUAAUGACGUACAGGCUUGCAAAUGAAGAAAAGAUUGAUGAGACCUCUGUCUGGUAUGUGAUGGAUGAGCUAGGUUCAGCUUUGCUUCACAGCGAUGAGCCAAACUUUAGAGUGGCUCCUUUUCUCUUCAUGCCAGAGGGGACACUGGCAUCAGCUGUGAGUUUUUCUAUAUUGUGGCCAACCCAUAAUGUUGAGAAGGGUGAUGAGUGCACCCGUGAUUUUCUCUUUGGCAUUGGGGAAGUUAAACAGCGUUCUGCAAGGCUUACAGCUUGGUUCCAUACGCCAGAGAACUAUUUUAUCCAAAAGUAUAAGAGAUACUGGAAUAAUGUAAAGUCGAAAAGGUUGUCUUUUCCACCUAUACAGCCAUGUCCAACUAGAAGUCUGCUUCGUAAUGAUGGAUCUGCUUUACACGUUUACACGGACUUACCUUAUGUUGAAGAAUUUUUGACCCGUCCUGAGUUUGUGAUCACAACUGAUGUAAAGGAUGCAGAUAUCAUAUGGACAAGUACGCAGGUGGAUGAUGAUAUGAAGAAGGCUACUGGAAUUACAGAGAAUCAAUUCGUAAACCAAUUCCCUUUUGAGGCUUGUCUUGUGAUGAAACACCAUCUGGCAGAUACCAUUAAGAAGGCACAUGGUUCUCCUGAGUGGCUGCAGCCCACUUAUAACCUUGAAACAAAUCUCUCUGAACUUAUUGGGGAUUAUCUUGUGCGCAAGAGAGAAGAGUGUAACAAUCUGUGGAUAUUAAAACCUUGGAACAUGGCACGUACUAUAGACACAACUGUCACUGAUAAUUUAACUGCCAUUAUCAGACUCAUGGAAACUGGACCAAAGAUAUGUCAGAAGUAUAUUGAGAACCCUGCUUUGUUUAAUGGGAAGAAAUUUGAUAUUCGGUAUGUAGUAUUAGUUCGCAGCAUGAAUCCCCUUGAGAUAUUCCUCUCAGAUGUUUUCUGGGUUAGAUUGGCAAACAACCCAUAUUCUCUAGAGAAGCACAGUUUUUUCGAGUACGAGACUCACUUCACUGUCAUGAACUAUCGAGGAAGUUUCAAACACAAGAACACUCCAGAAUUUGUGAAAGAAUUUGAACAAGAACAUAAAGUUAAAUGGUUGGAUAUCCAUGAAAGAGUAAAAGGUAUGAUCCGCUCAGUCUUUGAAGCAGCUGCAUCAGUACAUCCAGAGAUGCAUAGUCCAAAAUCAAGGGCCAUUUAUGGCGUGGAUGUCAUGCUUGACAGUUCUUACCGGCCCAAGUUAUUGGAGGUUACUUACUGUCCCGACUGUACAAGAGCAUGCAACUAUGAUACAGAGGCCAUACUUGGAGGGGGAGGAGUAAUCAAAGGUCGUGACUUUUUCAACGUCGUCUUCGGUUGUCUUUUCUUGAACGAAACCACUCACGUUAGUCAAGUUUAGUCGAGCCUUAUCAUAUUUUCAAAUGUAACGAUUGGGGUGACCUGGAUAUUUUGGAUAUUGAUUUAUGGUGGGGUGGGGUGGGGGAAGUCGGGUUCAAAUGAACUUGUUUAGCGAAUAACAUUCCUUUAUAAUUUUAUCUUU